AAAACGUAUACCAUUAAAAUAGUAAUAAGUGCUUUGCCUUUGCAACUAGGGUGCUACGAUGAUAUCGCGGCUGUUGCAGUUAAUAGACCCGACAGCGCUGAUAUUGCAACAGGGUUAAAUAGAAGCUUUAAUUUACAGUUUACAGAAUUUAACUAAGUUACCCUUCCGGCGUUCGUUGACGCUGCGAGCAAAUGGAUGUUUGGCGCAACCUCGAACAGCUCAAGGCAGCGGUGCAGGAGGGAGUUAAGGAGUUUUCAAACGUAGCUAUUAACGAGGUCCGCACAGGAGUACAAACAAUCCAGCAACAAGCUGCGCAUCAACAGCACGGGCACGAGGGCGACAGAUGGGGAGGAGUCGACGGCUUUGGCGGAGGUGUAGGGUCCUCUUCGUUAGAGGCGCAUAAUGCUGAAAGCAAGGAUACGCUUGCACCGCUGGAGCCGGAUGCCAAGCCACUGGCGGGAUCGUUUAGAACUUCAUCGGACUUCACCGGCACCCCAGGACGCAAAAGCAGCGCUGAAAGGAGCAGAAACGGUCGGGAUGGGACCAAGCGGGAUGUUGACGCGUCAAGCAGCAGAACAGGUCAACUUGGCUCGGCCCUGGACCAGCAAGGCACCUUUUAUGCAGAUGUGGUGGCCACGCCCGCGGCCAGCGCCAGCAACACUAGCCAGCAGCCUGCCUUCGGCGCGGCUCCCCCCUCCGAUGAGGCUCCAGUCGACACGGCUUCAUCGCUGUCCUCCCCGGGGUACGCCUUCAGCACUCGCUCCCGCACCACUCGUACGGCGGAGCUCCUGUCAGGUGUGGAGCCCCCAGGAGGCACCUCUGCAGCCGCCACAGCCAUCUCCUCCCCUCCACCCUCCUCGUCUGCUGCUGGCGGCCUGGCUGCCGCCCGAACACCCGUAGCACCAACAACAGCGGCAGCAGCAAGAGAUGGCGGGGAAGCGGCGGGACUGGAUACAGAAGCAGCAGCAGCAGGAGGUGGUGGAGAGGAAGGCGAGCGGGCGCGUGUUCAGGUCGGUGCCGCCGAGGACGCCACCAACGCUGAGCCCGCAGCUGGAGAGGCCACCCUGGCUGGCGGCAGCGGCAGCAGCAGCAGCGGCCGACCGCCCCUGGCUCCCUCCUCAAGCCAGCUCCAAGGGCUGGGUGCGGCGAUGGCAGCAGCGGCGCCAUCUGGGACGGGUCGGGACAGCCGGCGUGUGAGCGGCGGGGGCGAGGGGCCGCCGCAGGGUGCUGCUGCGGGGGGUGGGGGCGGGGGGCGGAGCGCCGCGGAGGGGGAGGCGGACCUUCGGAGGGCGUAUGCUGAGAUGAAGAAGGCCUACGAAGACAUGAAGGGGCUGCUGAAGAAGAGCAUGGACGAGUGCGUCAGGCUGUCGGAGGAGGUAGUCAGGGUGGAGUCCAGCGCCCGUCAGGCCCAGGCUGCCGCAGCCGACCAGGCCGCCGCCGCCCGGGCCGCCCGCAAGGAGGCGGCGGACGCGGGGGUGGCGCUGGCGGCGGCCAGGAAGGAGGCGGCGGCGGCGGAGCGGGCGCUGGCCAAGAGCCGCGCGGCGCUGGAGGCGCGGGAGCAGCAGGAGACCAGCAAGACUGCUGACACCGCUGAGUUGGAGGACCUGCGCGGGGAGCUGGCGGCGGCGGUGCGGAAGGCCAUGGCGGCGGUGGCGGCCAAGGAGGCGGCGGAGGCGCGGGCGGCGGCGGCGGAGGCGGCGAGGCAGGAGGCGGAGCAGGCGCGCAAUGAGGCCGACCGGCUGAGGCGGGAGGCGGAGGCCGAGGCUCACGCCGCACUGGCCGCCGCGGAGGCUGAGCGCAGCAGCCGGGCGGAGGCGGUGGGCGCCAGCGAGGCGCUGCGGGCGGAGGGCGAGCGGCGCGCGCGCGUGUUCAACAACGCGGUGAAGGCGGCGGUGGGGCGCGUGCAGCGGGAGCUGGAGGCGGAGCGGGACGAGCUGCAGGCCCAGCUGCGGGCGGCGCACCGCUCGCUUGCGGAGGCGCAGGAGGAGCUGCGGCUGGCGUUGGCGGCAGCGGCCGACGCGGCGGCGGAAGCGGAGGCGCGCACGCGGGACGCCGCGGCGGCGGGCACCGUCGCGGUGGCGGCGGAGGCGGCGGCGGAGCGCGCUGUGGCUCGGGAGGCUGAGGCGACGGCUGCGGCUCAGGCGGCCGAGGCGGCGCGGCAGCAGCUGCAGGCGGAAAUGGAGCAGAUUAGGUUUGACAAGCAGCAGUCGGAUGCCCGGUGUCGCGCUCUGGAGUCCUCGCUGGCCUCACUGCGCGCGGAGGCGGAGGCGCAGCGGGCAGUCGCAACAGCAGCCACAGCGGAGCUGGAGCGGGAGGCGCGGCGGCAGAGCGAGCGGGCGGAGGCGGCGGCGGCGGCGCUGGCGGGCGCUGAGAAGCAGCUGGAGGGGGCGGCGGCAGCACACCGCGACGCCUCCGAGAAGGCCGCCGCCGAGCUCUCCUCCGCGCUUCGGCGGUUGGAGGAGCUGGAGGGGGAGGCGGCGGCGCUGCGGGCAGCCGCCAACAGCAGCGCGGGGCGGGGCGCGGCGGCCGUGGCGGCGCUGUUCCAGCUGCCCACCAAGGAGGAUGUGCUGGCUGGGCUGGGGCUGGAGCUCUGGAAGGACGACCGGCUGCGCUGGAAGAGCGAGACGGAUGUGGAGGCGGCAGCGGCAACCUCCGCAGCGCCUCGCGGCGCCAACCGUGCGUCUGCUGCGGCGGCGGCGGCGGCGUCAGGCCGGCGUUCCUCCCCCUCGGGCCACAUCUCCCUGCGCGUGUGGCUGCUGGUUGGGUACCUGCUGCUGCUGCAUGUGGCGGUGAUGGUGUCCUUCACGCGCAACACGCCGGACGUGGCAGCGCUGUGCGGGG